UGCCUCCGGCGCUCUUCUUACCCCCUCCAGCCGGCGAGACAGCCUCAGUCCUGGCCGCAACCGCCGUCGCCGCCAUCCUUCCCGCUUGCCGGCGCCGCCUAGCAACCGAGGGCCCGGCGGGAAAAUCGUGCGGCUUGCUCUUUGUAGAAGGGAAGGUCCCGCGUACGGGGCCGUCCGGCGGGAUUUUAACCGGACAGUGGGAAGCCCGGUCGGCGUGAGCGCUCCCGCGGGGUCCCCCGUCCACCCGCCGCCCCUCCGGCCGGAGAGGCGCUGCGCUGCCCUCCCGCUCCCCUCCCGUCAGCCCCUGCGCGGCGGGGGCCGUCCCGGCGUGCUGCGCGCGGCGCACGGAAGGCCGGUUUCCCGUCAGCCUCUCUUCCUCUCGGCCCCGGCCGCCGCCCGCCUCGGACCUACCGCCGCCAUCAUGAAGGUCGAGCUGUGCAGCUUCAGCGGGUACAAGAUCUACCCGGGCCAUGGGCGCCGCUACGCCCGCACCGACGGCAAGGUUUUUCAGUUCUUGAAUGCAAAAUGUGAGUCUGCAUUCCUUUCCAAGAGAAACCCCCGUCAAAUCAACUGGACUGUUCUGUAUAGGCGUAAACACAAGAAAGGACAGUCAGAAGAGAUACAAAAGAAGCGUACGCGCCGUGCCGUUAAGUUUCAGAGAGCUAUCACUGGUGCAUCUUUAGCUGAGAUUAUGGCUAAACGAAAUCAGAAGCCUGAAGUACGGAAGGCGCAGAGGGAACAAGCUAUUAGGGCUGCAAAAGAAGCCAAGAAGGCUAAGCAGGCAACCAAGAAAACGGCUGUUUCUGCUGCAAAGGCUCCUACAAAGGCAGCACCUAAGCAGAAGAUUGUGAAACCAGUCAAGGUUUCUGCUCCCCGUGUUGGUGGAAAGCGCUAACCUGCCAAACUGUUGGUCAUGCUGAAUAAACAUCUGACUAACUUUCAUAACUUGUGCCAUGUUCUCUUCAACUGUGGGAGAUAAACUGAAGAGGAUUAAUCUAUGAAAUAACCAUGUCUGUUUUUGCAGACUGAAAAAGAUCUUGUCGUAAAACAUUUGGUUUCUUAGACAAUCUGCUGUAUUAGCACACAUUUCAUAACCCUUUAAUGAAUGAGCCAAAUAGCAGGGAAGGUGGAGCUGAUGUUUGAGAAGCUGUUCUUGCCUGAAGGACAAAACAGCACAUGAAUACAAGUUUAUUCCGUGUCUGUCAAAUCGCAUAAAAAGAGUUUUCUAAGUUCUGAUAUGCAAAUGAAAGGGUGGGUGAAGCAGUACCGUCUGUAAGUGACUUUAAAAGGCUGAUGCUCUUCUCGUGUUGUGGAAUGCACGUAGCAAGAUAUAAAAGAAGAAAUAGGUUGAAAAAAAGGAAUGGAUGGUUUCACAGACCACGGGGCUGUUGCAUGCAAAGGUUCAGAUGCAACUCCUGGGUCACAAUUGCUGGAAGCUGUCUUCAGGAAAAGGAUGGCUGCAAAGGUCCUACCUUGCAUACGUUCACUAAGCUAAAGGUGUUUCUUGACCCAGUAUGGCUCUUCUUCUGAAAUUAUUAUCUCAUUAGCAGCACUUGCAACACUGGUAACAGGUUGACUGAGCUUCAAAUGCAGCUGAUGGUAUAUGUUUACUUCAGGCCCAUUUAGGUUCAUAUUUAACUUGCAGAAUGCAAGUGGGGUUCCCUUAGUAACUCCCCACCUUCCCACGCCUAGAGGGAGUGGCUACUUGCUAAAUUCUUCAUGUAUUCAUCUGUGUACUUAGACUAUGUAGACAGUGUGCCCAGACUUUCUGGUAGUUUUGAUGGACAGUCAUAGCCUUGGCAAAGGGAUGUCCUCUGACUUCUCUGUUUUAUGGGUCAGAUACUUCUCAAGAUGCCACAUCUUAAUACCUGUUAACUUUGAGGAGCUUCGAGGGCUUGCUUUGUUACCUUACUACACUAGUCAAGAAAGCACCUGUCUUUCAUAGUUUUGCUUCCUGCAGUUCUUCUAGGCUUCAAAAACAACAGCUGUAAUGGGAAACUUGGGUUAUAUUUUGAGUUACAUCAUACUUUGGUUUGGGUUUAUUAAUAAAAUAGAUACAGGUCUGGAUCAAGGUUACAACCUGUUUGAAAUAGGUUUAGCUUGGUUACAUUAGCGGAAUUUGGACCGUUAUCUUCCAAACAAUUGCGCCUCUUGCUAUAAAAAAAACCCAACCAAACCAUAGGAGCUACUCAUGUUUAGAAUUAAAUUGAAGGCUUUUAAACAGUUAAUACACUUGAAAGUGAAGCUGCCAGAAACAGGAGGGAGGAAAGAGGGCAAGGAAAACUGCUUGGUGUUAGAGGGAAAGGAAUUUUUAAUCAUUUAAAACUGAAGGCUGAAAACACCACUGAAAGUUACCUAUGCUAGUGACGACUAUAUAAAAUCCUGAUUGUAUUGGUGUCUUUUAUCAGUCACCUGGUACACUGCUUAUGAAAGUUUUCAGCUAAAAAGCUGAAAGUAAAGAUGAGCUUUUACAAACAAUCUCCUUGAAAUACCAUUAAUGAUAUAUAGGAAUGGAUUAUCAGCUAUGACUAAUUAGUAAGUCAAUACUUGUUAAUGCUUCGAAGUUUGCAGGCUUUAGCUGCCUGCUGUUACUGCAGAAGUGCACAGAAGUGCUUUAAGAUUACUUUUCCUUGCUUUUUAUUCAUGAGUGCUGACUGAUGCAGUGAGUUGGAGUAACCCAUCAGGUUACUUCUCACAAGUUAUGCUUCAAGUGAGCAAGGCAGGCUGUUCAGGGUGUUAACUUGGUGUAACUGCACGUUAUUCAGCUCAAACAUAGAUAGAAUGCAAUGAAUUAACACUGAAAUUAAGCAGUUAAAGUCCUUGUGUUUACCUAAUGCAACAUAAUUGAUUCUCUAUUAAAUAUCACUAAAAAUGGA